AUGGGCCCAAACCUCAAUUUGGCAGAUGAAAAUUGGGAGGAAUGUCUCAGCCACAGAGAUUGCCCCCAGAAGAGCGAAGGACCCCAGGCCCCUACACCAGGCUCUCCAGCCAGGAGAAUUAUUUUGAAGCAGAAAGUCAAGAAGCCUAAGAGGUCAGUCUGGAAGUUUGGUUUGGACCUUACUCAUUCAGUGGAAGAUGGUAUUUUUGAUUCCGGAAAUUUUGAACAGUUUCUACGGGAGAAGGUUAAAGUCAAUGGAAAAACUGGAAAUCUUGGGAAUGUUGUUCACAUUGAAGGCUGCAAGAAUAAAAUCACAGUUGUUUCCGAGAAACAGUUCUCAAAAAGAUAUUUGAAGUAUCUUACCAAGAAAUACCUUAAGAAGAACAGUCUUCGUGAUUGGCUUCGUGUGGUUGCAUCUGACAAGGAGACUUACGAACUUCGUUACUUCCAGAUUAGUCAAGAUGAAGAUGGAUCCGAGUCUGAGGACUAGGUGAAGCCACCCAUUGUAGGGCUUUGCUUACUACUCAAACAAAUGAAAAGAAACAUCCAGAAAUGGACUUUUAGUUUAUCAGUGAAU